AUGGUUGGCUGUUCCAUAUCCUCCGCCAAGCUAUCUAGCUACAGUUUUGAGACAUACUGUCCCAAUCAAUGGUCCAGGCAAUUUGGUCUUUCACAGGCUAUCCCUUAUCCUUAUUUCCACCCAACCAUCCAUGAGGAGAUUGGGUCUAGAAUCCACUUCAAAGAUCCUACACAAGCUGAAUCCAUUCUGACAGAGAACACCAAACUUUUCCAAGAUUUUGGCCCCUUCUUCUUCAAACCUACUUCGGACUGCUCGGCUGCUUUUGACCAUUGGUGGGGACUUAUGACUGCCAUUAUUUUCUGCAAGCCACUUGAAAGCUGCCUUAACGAUACUUGUAUUCAUAUUCAGGGCCGCAUAUCCUCGCCUUCCAAGCUUAAGGCUACAGCCAAAAUUGGGCCUGCUACUGAACCAUUGGUUAGGGACCAACGUAAAGGCAAGGAUCCAAUGGAUGCAACUACUCAGACAAACACCCCCUCAGUUCCAAAAUUAAUGGCAGACUCUUUCGCAGCCGCACAGACACAAGCACAGAGAGGAACUACCACCGGUACCCCUGCCGAGACAGAGGUCAUGGCGAAGAAGAGAGAAGAGCCUUCCACUGCUCCUGCUCUAAGCACAUACCUAAGUGAGUGGGAUAUCCCUCUCAGCCAAAUGGUUGGCCAAACAACAUCAAAUCCUUCAGGGCAGCUCUACCAAGUAAUCCUUCACUUUACAUAUUUACAGCAUCUCAAUUUCCAUUCACGCCCGACUGAUCACUUACUUUUGUGCAGAGAAAAAGAAGGAGAUUACUCUUUGCUGUUGCUGAUGAUGACGAUGCUUCCACUUCUCCUCAACACAUUCAUCAAAUUCCCAGUCCAAUCACCAAUGUACCCACAGAACCCAUUGUACAACCAACUCCACCACCACCUGAAGCAUCGUAACAAACUUCCUUACAACCUGCUUCACAGUCUUCGCCACAGCAAUCUACACAAUCUGCAUCACAACAUCCUUCCACUUCUCCUCAACACAUGGUCCCUUCUGUCUCUAGCCCUCAACCAUCACCAUCCAGCCCCUCCAAUUCCCAAACUUCAAACAAAGAAUCACAGAGGAUUGAAUUUGACAUUUCAAUCAACAGCCAAUCCUCUCCAACAGAUGACAACACAAAAUCCCCUUAACCAGAAGUUCACCACAACCAAUGUAAAUAGAAAUACAAAUGUUACUGUUUCAGAACCAGAGAAAGAGCCUCAAGGCGUUGAUGCUGCCAUUUCAUCAGUACCAGAAACAACUCGUCCUGAUGCCACAACCACAGCUGAACAAGGCCAACCGUCUGCGCGUACGUUAUCAGGACAGGCUGUCGGUCCAUGCCAGGAUAUUUGGGCCGAACUUUCUAUUCUUCAACAAGAUCUAGACGAAAUAUCCCCAUUGCCUCAAAGGCUAUAUCUGUUUGAUGCUGAAACUCAACAAACCUUAACCACCUUCAUCAACCUCAUUAACACCCCAGUUAAAGAAAUCAUUCUCCACAAACCUGAUGAAACCUUGGUCUGUCUUUCUGCUGUUGUAAACCUCUCCCCAGAUCCUUUCAACCCCAUUCAACUAAAGCAAUUGGCCAAGAUCAUCACGGAAUGGCCAACCCUUUCAGAGAUGGUUCAGACUUGCUCGAAGGAUAUUCAAACCAAAAAGGAUUUCCUAAACGAAGCCCACACCAUAUCUACUUCACUCAAACUCAGCCAGCAAACCUCUGCAGCCAUUCUUUAGCAACACUCAGCACUUGAACUUGAGGAAGCCAAACUCAUGGCAGAACUUGCCUCUGUCUGGCAAAGAAAGGCUCAUCUGCAGCAGCAACAUGACCAGCUUAAUCAAGAAGCAAGGAUGAUGCUCUCCCAAAUUAGACAUCGUUCUGCAUCCAUUCAGACAACUAAAGCUGAGUUGGACCAAGCCCAAGCCAUGCUGGCAGAUGCUCAAUUAGAGUGGGGUGUUCUAGCCAUUCUGU